UGUAGUGAGCCAUUCAACACAUACACACAGAAGAAGCCUUCCGGGAGUAUAUAUACAAUCUUUGCGUCUCAAAUAUCAAUUGUAUCACACCCAAAAUUCUAUUGAAAUUUGGAUAUACUCUGGUUCUCUCUCACACAAACUCCCUAAAACACCACCUACGCACACACUUUGUAUCUAUCUAAUUCACAACUCCCUCAACUCUUGCCUUAAAACACAUAAAAAUCGUAACUUUUUUGUGCCCCGAAUCGAACUCCUCUGCAUUGACACCCCACAAGUGAUUGGGGAUUAGGUUCUGGGGUUGGUAAUCUUGGAUGUUUUUCGUAAUGGGUAUGGAUUAUUAGGUUGGUUUUGUGGGUUUUUGUUGAAUUGAGGUUUUUAGUGAUAUGAGGGGUUUUUUCGAAAGUUCUGGCCUCUAGGGUGUUAAAAGAUUGUAGCUUUUGGUUGUGUGAAGUUGUCUCUAAUCGACUUCGAAGUAUAUAUAUAUAUAGAGGCAAUCGAUAUAUGGAAGGGUUAGGAGAGAAUAUGCUCUAGUUACUGUGUGUAGGACAGUUGGUUUGUUAUGUUAUGAUGCUGGAUUUUAAGGAAUAGGUUUUGGGAACCUUGGUUGUCGACAUUAAUUACAUUAUAAUUUGUGCUGCGUGGUAUUCAGGGAAAGAGAUAAGAAGCUACAUUUGGAUUUAUACUGUCGGGAUAUAUAGUUUUGUCAAGUUAUGGUGGUAAUAUUAUUAAUGAACUGGAUGCAACUUGGACUUUUCCGUUACGUUUAGUAUGAUCUUGUUUUUUACCAAUUAUGGAAAAAAGUGAGCCUUCGUUUGUCCCCGAGUGGUUAAAGAGCAGUGGAAGUGUAACGGUUGCGGUUAGUACAAAUCACCGCCAAAAUGAUCAUAUGACAUUAAAGCCGACUAGAAAUAAAUUAUCAGCAGAUGUUAGUGCUCAUGACUCGGGACGUUCUCCUGUUUCUGAUAGAACUACGUCAUCUUACUUCCGUCGAACUUCAUCUAGUAAUGGUUCUGGUAACUCGAGGUCUUAUGGAAGUUUUGGUAGGAACAACCGAGAUAGGGGCUGGGAUAGAGACAAAAAUGAAUAUCGUGAUCAUGAUAGGUUGAGGCUAGGUGAUCGUAGGCAUCAAAACUAUUCUGGUUCAUUAGGGAGCGAUUUUUCGGAUAGGUUCGAGAAGAAUGGCUUAAGACGAACUCAGUCUUCUGUAGCGGGGAAACAUAGUGAGCCAUUGUCCAGAAGAGUAUCAGCUGACUUAAACAGUUCCAACAAAAGCAACUACAACAAUAGCAGUUCUCGCCUUUUGGGGAGUAGUGGCAUCAGCAGUGUGCGGAAAACUUCAUUUGACAGGGAUUUUCCAUCUCUUGGAGCUGAUGAAAGGCAAACAGAUCAUGGGAUAAGAAAUAUUCCAUCUCCUGGAUUGAGUACGAACAUGCAGAGCUUAUCAACUGGGUAUUCUACAGUGGCUAAUGAAGUUGGGUGGACAUCGGCCCUAGCUGAGGUACCUGUGAUGGUUGGAGCCAAUGGCCCCAUUACAUCAUCCGUUCUCCAAGCUGCUCUUCCAAGUUCAACUUCUGUGCCAUCAAGCACUGCAGCCAGCCUCAAUAUGGCAGAAACUUUGGCACAAGGGCCCCUUCGUGUUGACACUGCUCCUCAGGUAUCAGUCGAAACUCAGAGGCUCGAAGAAUUAGCUAUUAAACAGUCUAGACAACUCAUUCCGAUGACACCUUCCAUGCCUAAAUCUUUGGUGUUAAAUUCUUCAGAGAAAUCUAAAGUUAAGGUGUCCCAACAGCAACACCAGACCUCUUCUAUUCACUCUUUGCGUGGGACACUUGAAAAGUCUGAUGUGCCAAAGACAUUGAGCUUGGGAAAACUUCAAGUCCUUAAACCUGCACGAGAAAGGAACGGUGUUUCUUAUCCAGAAAUAGAUAACUUGAGCCUUACCAAUGAUAGUACAGUAGCAAAUAACCCGCUGACUACUUUACCAGCUGUUGUACCACCUCCUUCGAGGACACAAAUCAAGAACCCAAACCCUUUGAAUGUUAAUCGUAAGCCUGCAGCUAUAAUGGUCCCGGCAACAUUGGAGAAAAAACCUUCAGCUCAACUUCAGAGUCGAAAUGAAUUCUUUAAUCUUGUGAGGAAGAAGUCCUUGACAAAGUCCUCUUCUGUUGCUGAUUCUGUCUCUACUGUGUCACAAUUUGUUGUGGAACAGCCUAGUGAAACUCAAACUGCUUCUCCCCUUUCUCAAGGGAAAGAUUCUCUAUCUGCAAACCAGUCUAAUAUGGACCAUUAUAAAGAGAACGUAAAUGCCUUGAUCAGCAACAUAAAUAAUGGCAAUGGGCAUCAGCAAUCUUGUGGCAAUGGAGAGACUCGUUCAAGAUCUGACAUGAUUCUUUGUUCAGAAGAGGAAGAAGCUGCAUUUUUGCGGUCACUUGGUUGGGAUGAAAAUGCUGGAGAGGAUGAAGGCCUUACAGAGGAAGAGAUCAAUGAAUUCUACAGGGAUGCAAGUAAGUAUAUUAAGCCUGGCUCAUCCUCAAAGACUUCCCUCUGACUGAACUGAAAGCCUUAUUGCCUGCCAAUCUUGGACGUCUUUCACUGAGUUUUUUGUCAGACUCGAAGAUGGUGGUAAAGUUUCUUUUGGUUGUAUAUGCUCUGGUGGUAAAAAAUCUAAAGGGAUCCAGUCAGGCACAUUAGAUGGUAUUGUGAUAUAAUGCUUCUUCUCAACUAGUACAACAUUCUGAGAUUUAGAAAGACUGAAGAUACAAAAAUAGGAUUUUAGGUUUCUAUGAAACUGUGAAGGAAUGUUGCUCGGUUUUGCGAAUUCUGAAUAGUUGAUCAGUUUCAUGGAUUUUUUGGGAGGUGUUAAGUUUUGAAGUCAUAUAGAUUAUGAUUUACAUACAAGUUUUACAGCCAAAAGUAGCAUCUUCUUUAUAUCUAUAUAUGCUGUUGUUUUGAUCUAUAAUUCAUAUCAGGAAAUAAAAUUUUCCUGAGCAUUUUUUUUAUUUUUGGAGCAAAUUGUAUCGGAGUUGCAUCUUUAUGUGCAUGCAGGGCAGCAGCCAGCAGAGCCAACUCACAACUCAAAUUGCUCCGGAAAUAAAAAUUUUGUUCUAGAAAUAACAUUUCCGUUAAUAUUUUGUUGUAUUCAUUUGUUGUGUUUUAUUUUCUGAGUUGUACUAUUAUUUUGCAGGGCUUGUGGAUUAUAUUAAUAUAUACUUGGCAUUGUAAGAA